AUGGCUUUGGAGAAGCAAUCAGCUGUAUACCAAGCUAAUUCAACUAAUAUUAAAUACAAGGAAAAGCUGCCCAAAUGGAAGGAUGCUUUGAAGGAAGCUGGCAAUCUAGCUGGAUGGCAUAUAGAUCACCUGGGCCGGAGCCACGAAUUUAGAGAUGAAUCCCAGUUAAUCCAAAUUAUUGUGGAAGCGGCAUUGAGCAAAUUGAAUCGCACACAUCUAGAUGAAGCCAAGAACCCAGUUGGAUUAGAAGCUCGUGUUAAGGACUUGGAUCCGUUGAUGAAUGUUGGAUCAGAUGAUGAUGCCCAAGUGAUAGGAAUAUAUGGAAUUGAUGGUGUAGAAAACUUAAAGGUUGGGACUACUGAUAGAGGUAUCAACAUUAUAAAGGAAAGGCUUGGUAACAAGAGAAUACUUCUAGUUCUUGAUGAUGUGGAUCACUUCGAGCAGUUGGACAAAUUGGCUCGAACGCCUGAUUGCUUGAAUGCUUUUAAAGAGAACAAACCUAUACAAGAUUAUUACGAGCUCUCAGAACGUAUUGUGCGUUAUACUGAUGGCCUUCCAUUAGCACUUGUAGUGUUGGGUUCCUAUCUAUGUAAGAGGAGCAAACCUGCAUGGGAGAGUGCAGUUGACAAUUUGGAAAGCAAACCCAACAAGCAGGUUUAUGAAACACUUAAAAUAAGUUUUGAUGCUUUAGAAGAUAACGUGAAAACUAUUUUCCUUGAUAUUGCAUGUUUCUUAGUUGGAGACGACAAAGAUCAUGUCAUCAAAGUUCUUGGGAGUAGUUUUAAGUUCUCGCCAAUCGACGGAUUCGAGGUUCUUCUUGAUAUGUCUCUCAUAACCGUAGAGUCGGAUAAGGGAACGAAUGCAAUUGAAGGCAUUAAGUUGGAAUUGCCUAAACCAAAAACUCUAUGCUUGAGUGCUAAAGCAUUCGAGAACAUGAAGAGGCUUCGGUUGCUUAUAUUUCAUAAUGUGGUUAUUUCAACAGCCGUUGAGUAUCUUCCUACUGAGUUAAAGUACAUUGAUUGGUCUGGAUACCAAUUUCCCACAUUGCCAUUCAAUCCGGGUCCAAAACAACUUGUCAUACUCAACAUGCCUCAUAGCCAUAUCCAUCAGUUAGGUGAAGGAUUCAAGCUAAUUUCAUAA